GUAGCAGUAGCAGGUCUAUAAAAACCUUGCUACUUGCUCGCUCAGGGUGUCAGAAAGACGGAGCCACUUACCGAGAUCUGAGCUUUUGAGGAUUGUACAUAUCACACUUCAUACAGGAUCUAUUCACCAUGUCUCACGGCUGGGGCUACGGACCUACCAAUGGACCAGAUAAGUGGAGUGAGGGCUUCCCCAUCGCUAAUGGACCUAGGCAGUCACCUAUUGAUAUCAUCCCUGGCCAAGCGCCUCAUGAUCCUGCUCUGAAGCCUCUCAGACUUAAAUAUGACCCUGCCACCUCGCAAAGCAUUUUGAACAAUGGCCAUUCCUUCCAAGUUGAUUUUUUGGAUGAGGAAGACAAAUCAACUCUGACCGGAGGGCCCAUCACAGGUACAUACAGACUGAGGCAGUUCCACUUCCACUGGGGGGCCAGUGACGACCGUGGCUCCGAGCACACCGUAGCUGGCACCAAGUUCCCCUGUGAGCUACACUUGGUUCACUGGAACACCAAAUACCCCAGCUUUGGUGAGGCUGCCAGCCAGCCCGAUGGCCUCGCUGUGGUUGGAGUGUUUCUGAAGAUUGGGGCUGCCAACCCAAACCUGCAGAAGGUUAUAGAUGCUAUGGAGGCCAUCAAAUUUAAGGGUAAGCAGACAACAUACCCAAACUUUGACCCCAAAAUCCUUUUGCCUGCUUCCCUGGAUUACUGGACGUAUGAUGGCUCCCUGACCACGCCCCCACUUCUGGAGAGUGUCACCUGGAUCGUCCUCAGGCAGCCAAUCAGCGUCAGCCCUGCCCAGAUGGCUAAGUUCCGCAGCCUGCAGUUCUCUGGCGAGGGAGAGUCCGCCUGCUGCAUGCAGGACAACUAUAGACCACCGCAGCCUCUGAAGGGCAGGAAGGUCCGUGCCUCCUUCAAGUAAAAAGUCCACCACCAUUCUCACCUCAGCCUACCUGUGUACCAGCCAGAGUGCCCUAGAACCAAGCCAAUAUAUGCAUUUUUAUAUUUGCCCCAUAGAUACAUCUAUCAUGUUAUUGAUAGGAUGAAAAGCACUGAUUUUAUAGCUUACUUUGCCUUUGAUUUCCUUUUUUGGUGGAGUAGUUUUACUGAAUGAGUUUUUAGAUGUCUAUUCCAUGUCAGUAAUUGUAUUUUGUUUUUUCAAGGUAUGUAGAAUUGUUGAGUAUGUUGAGGUAUGUAGAAUUGGAUGUUUUUUUCAAGUUUGUAUCAUUUUGAGUCUGAAAAUCUGCCAUAUUACGAGUGAGAAAACAGUAAAAUCGCUAGAUAUGAAGAGAAAAAAUUGUACAAAAAUAGCACGAGCGGCUGAGGAAAUAUCUGUUGGCAUAGCCAUGUGCCUCAGUGCUUUAUCCUGACCCGCCAUAAUCCCUUAGGGGGCAAUGCGAGGCUCACAUCAGAUUAACGUUGUGGCUCUGCCAAUAUUGGACUUGGUCUUUUUUCCCAUUCAGUUACUGUCAGUGGAGGACACCUGUAAUUCAUCCUCAGACCAUCUUUGUGGUCAUUUCAUGUGCUCUCCAGAUUGAAAAUAUAGGUAGCUAUGAUACAAUACAUCUGCCUACAGGGCUUUCACAUAAUAAUUGCUGGACUCUCCAAGUGAUCUUUUUAAAAAGUGUUCUGUGUGUCUUAAAUCAUGAUGCAAGAGUAGGGGGGAGAAUGUGUGAUGAAUUCGCUGAGUCUUAUAUACACAUGCAUUCGAAUUUUACUGAUUGUAGUAUUAACAUAAAACAAAAAAAGGACUUUUAGGUGUUGAUGAUUACUUUAGUUUUAUGGAGUAUGAAUGGCAAUAGUAGAUAUGAAUUGCUACAGUAUCUUUGAUGAGACAUUUUAAUCAAUCAAUAUUGUGAGGAAAUAUGAACCUGUCAUUGUGCAGUGUUUAUACAAUGAAAUAAACCUUGCCAAUAAAGGAAAUAUAUUUUAUGAAAA